AUGCACUCUUCCCGCCGGCUGCGAUACCGUCAAGUUGUCGACGACAUUGUAGAGACCCUGAUCGGCAUAGCCAUCGACCCGCGACUGAUGCCUGCCCCAGCCGCCAUCGCCUCGACCGCCUCCGGGAGCGACCUGGCCCGGACCGUCCGCUCCUCCGCCUCGACGCCGUCGCUGCGCUCUCGCGAUGGCACCGUCCCCAUGCAUGCGAGGAUGGACCCGGGAGGGAAUGUCAGGGUUGUGGUUCGCGUGAGGGCGUUCCUGCCUAGAGAGACUGACGCCAUCCAUGAUGCCACAGAGAUAAGCAGAGGUGCAGAAUGCCUCAUUGAGAUGGACCCCCUGACGCAGUGCACGACGCUGCUCGUGCCUGACGGGGCGGACCCCGCGAACUCGAGGGCCAAGUCGCGCAAGGUGAUCGAGGAGAAGUCCUUUACGUUUGACAACUCGUUCUGGAGUCACGACCGCAAGGACAAGCACUAUGCAGAGCAAGAGGACGUGUACAACUGCCUCGGCGAGGAGUUCCUCGACCACAACUUCGAGGGCUACCAUACUUGCAUCUUUGCCUACGGCCAGACGGGUUCCGGCAAGAGCUACACCAUGAUGGGCACGCCCGAUCAGCCCGGCCUCAUCCCUCGGACGUGUGAAGACUUAUUCCAGCGCAUCGAAGCGGCGCAGAACGAGACGCCCAACAUCAGCUACAACGUACGGGUCUCCUACUUUGAGGUGUACAACGAACACGUCCGCGACUUGCUCGUCCCCGUCGUCCCGAAUCAGUCGCCUUACUACCUCAAGAUCCGCGAAUCGCCGACCGAAGGACCAUACGUCAAGGACCUGACAGAAGUGCCUGUGCGGAGUAUCGACGAGAUCCUUCGAUACAUGAAGAUGGGCGACAACUCCCGUACAACGGCUUCGACAAAGAUGAACGACACUUCCAGCCGGAGUCAUGCCGUGUUCACAAUCAUGCUGAAGCAAAUUCACCAUGAUAUGGAGACCGACGAGACCACGGAGCGAAGCUCGCGCAUUCGACUGGUAGAUCUCGCCGGCUCUGAGCGGGCAAAGGCCACCGAAGCGACUGGUCAGCGCCUCAGAGAAGGCAGCAACAUCAACAAGUCGCUUACGACGCUGGGGAGAGUCAUUGCGGCCCUCGCAGAUCCCAAGCAGAGGGGCGGGAAGCGCGGCGGUAGGGAACAGGUCGUGCCAUACCGAGAUUCCAUCUUGACUUGGCUUCUCAAGGACUCGCUCGGAGGUAACUCCAAGACAGCCAUGAUUGCUUGCAUCGCGCCUUCAGACUACGAGGAGACACUCUCGACUCUCCGCUACGCCGACCAGGCCAAGCGCAUCCGCACUCGUGCCGUGGUCAACCAGGACAGCAUUUCUACAGCCGAGCGCGACGCCCAGAUCGCCGCCAUGGCCGAGGAGAUCCGGCAGCUGCAGCUCUCCGUGUCCGACUCGCGAAGAAGGGAGAAGGAUGCGCAGCAGCAGGAGGAGAGGCUCGAGGAGUACCAGGGCCGCGUGGCAGCGAUGCAGCGCAUGAUGGAGGAGAAGAGCAUGGUGGCGGAGGGCAAGAUUCGCAGCUUGCAGACCGAGAACGAGGCUCUGAGGCUGCACCUCAAGCUGGCCUUGGAGAGUCUCAAGAACCCGAUCCCCCCAGUCACCGUCCGCAACACGCCCGAGCCGACUGCGGCGCAAGAGACAGUGCGGAGCGUGGAGAAGGAUGCAAAUAUCGAGGUGGCGGAAGACAAGGAGAACAAAGGAGUCGACGAGGCCUAUUACGACGACAACGACGACGGCUAUUCCUCGGGCGGAUACGAGGAGGACGCGGACGACUUGCAAGAUUACAUGCAGGAUCUGCUCAAGGACCUCGGCAUGUUUAGGCGGAAGAUUGGCGACGACAAGGGACGCUUUCUCGACGAAGAGAGCAAUCGGAGACCGCUAGGGGUCAGGACGAACGUAUAG